AUGAAGAUGCACAGGAUCCCGAUGGACACCCAGACCGUGCCCGCCCCCUUCGCCGUCCGCAGCAGCGCCUCCAACCCGCCCGGCGGCCGCGGCGACGACGACGACAGCUGGGCCUGGGCCACCGCGGUCAGCCGCCGCGUCAACCUUGACCUAGCGCUCACCGAGGCGGUCGAAGCGGCCCUGAAUUCCAGCGGCCGGCCCGAGCCGGAGGUCGCAUUCGUGUUUGCGAGCAGCGCGUACGGCCGCGCCCUCGACCUGCUGGUCCCGCUGCUGCGCCGCCUACUGCCCAGCGCCCGCGCCGUCGUCGGCUGCACUGGCUUUGGUGUCUCGGGGACGCCCGUUGGCGGCGGCGCGCCCGAGGAGGUCGAGCAUGCGCCGGCGGUGGCGGUGGCGCUGGCGCGGUUCCCUGGCGUAGAGACGCGGCUCGCCCGGGUGCAGGCUGAAGACGUCCCCGACGGCGACGCGUCCCCUGACGAGUGGGCGCGGCUCGUGGGUUUGAGCCUGGACGGCAGCGGCGGCAGCAGCAGCAGCGCGGGUGUCAACACCAACUUCAUAGUGAUAUCAGAUCCCUCGUUCACGGGCAUCGAGGAGCUGCUGGCGGGCCUGGAUUAUGCGUUCCCGGGGUCCCCAGUGUGCGGCGGCUUGAGCAGCUCCGGGCGCCUGAACAGCGCCAGGAGCAUCUUCUGCUGGAGCGCUGACCAGGAUGACGCGGAUUCAACAGGCGUCCAGCGCACCGGCGCAGCGGUGCUGGCGCUGCGGGGCCCUCUCACUAUGGAACUGCUCAUUGCGCAGGGCUGCCGCCCGCUGAGCCGCCACGUGUACACGGUCGCUGCGGUGGCGCCCGAGCAGCGCAACUUGGUUACUUCCCUUGUCGACAGCAGCAGCGGCGCAGCGUUUGCACCCCUGGAGGCGCUGCGGCGCGACCUGGGGGAGCCACUGCAGCCUAUAGCCAGCGAACGCGAGCUGCAGCAGGUAGUUUCAAACCUGUGCUGCGGCCUCAAGCCCCCAGAUGACGUGUUCGGCCCCUUCAAGGCCGCCUCGGACGCCCCCGUGCCCGGCGCGACCGCCGCCGCCGCCGCUGCUGCAGCUGCUGCCUCCCCCGGCGGCGGGCCCGACACAUUCUUCAAUGGCGGCAGCGGCGGCGCGGCAGCAGCAGCCACGACGGAGUACCUAAUCAGAGGCAUGGCGCUCACCAACAACGCCCAGCUGGCGGUCGGGGACACGCCCCGCCUGGGCGGCGCGUUCCGUUUCAUGGUGCGGGACAGCGAGGGCGCGCGCGCUGACCUGGCGGCGCAUGGAGUUGCGUACAAGCGCCAGCGGCUGGCCAGCGUGCUGGCUGGCCGCGUGGAGCCGCCUGCGGUCGGCGCGCUGGUGUUCAGCUGCAACGGGCGCGGGGCGGGGCUGUACGGGGAGGAGAGCUACGACGCGCGGCAGAUAGGCAGCUAUGUGGGCGUGCCGCUGUGCGGGUUCCAAUGCAACGGCCCACAGGGGAACUAG